CGGCGACUCACUCCAAGUUCCCUCCCUCGCGCCCUGGCGAAGGCUGCCCGAGCCCUCCCACUCGGCGCAGACCGAGCCGCCGCGGCCGCCGCCGCCAGCCGGGCCCUCCGCCGCCCCGCGCCCCAGGCCUCCUCGGCCGGCCCCGUCCGCGCUCCGCCCUCCCGCGGCCCCGGCGGCCCGGCCCCCGUCCCUCGCGGGCCCCGACUCCUUGUCUCCGCAGCCCCCGGAGCCCGGAGCCCGGCUCGGGCCGCACCGCCCGCGGCCGGGGAGAGCGGCCGAGCCAUCUCCGACUGGACAUCCAGGGCACCUCUCCUGUUCUUUCUGAGUCUUCAGUUGGAAGUUAACAAGACUCUACGGCCUGAAAGGGAAAUCAAAGGUGCCUUGGGCCUGCUGAGAUCCAGCCCCAGUCAGAUGAAGCCUUCCCUUAUAUUUCGUGCAGCAGAGAGUACUUUAAGAGAGGAAGGAUUCCCUGUGACUUCUGCCUGCAAUCCGUAAAUACUCAGUCCUCUUUCAAAGUCAGUCUGUAUCCCAGAUGUUCCAACAUUUCUGCCAUACGCCUCUGAAUAAUAUUUCACGAAUACUCACACAUCUUCUGGAGCGUUUUCUCCCGGGGCCAUUCCAAGCCCAGUUGCUCUGAGCUGCUCAACAGCUGCUGUAACUUCUCAUCGACAGAACCCGAGAACCGACCUUGGCUGCUUCUUGGGACGCGGCGUAGGGGCUCUGCCUGCAGUCGAACACAAAGACCUGGAGGAGACUCCCACAUCCUUCGGGGAGGAGAAAGGAGGCGGCGAAGCAGCUGAAAGGAACUUGGGGCUUGGGGCCUCUCCGCACCGGGCGGCCGGCGAGGCGGCCAGGGAAGUAAAGCCGCGGGGCGGUGAACGAGCCGGGAGAUGAGGCGCUGCCGCCGCUGCUGCUGCCGCCGCCGCCGCCGCUGACACUCGGUUCCGGACCGUCCGCUGCCCUUUGUGCCGCCCGCACAUGUGUCUGCCCGGCGCAUCCGGAGGCGCGCAGACGAGCAUCCACCACGGCCGCCGGGGAGAGAGCGCCCGCCAUGCCCACGGAGAGCCUACAGACAGGUAGCAUGGUGAAGCCGGUCAGCCCCGCCGGCACCUUCACGUCGGCCGUGCCCCUGCGCAUCCUCAACAAGGGGCCCGACUACUUUCGCCGGCAGGCGGAGCCCAACCCCAAGCGACUCAGCGCCGUGGAGCGGCUGGAGGCCGACAAGGCCAAGUACGUCAAGAGCCAGGAGGUCAUCAACGCCAAGCAGGAGCCCGUGAAGCCGGCCGUGCUGGCCAAGCCCCCCGUGUGCCCGGGCGCCAAGCGCGCGCUCGGCAGCCCCACGCUCAAGGGCUUCGGCGGCGGCGCCAAGAGCGAGGGCGGCGCGCCGCGCGAGACCCUGAAGCUCGAGAUCCUCAAGAACAUCCUCAACAGCUCGGAGGGCUCGAGCGCGGGCUCGGGCCACAAGCACGGCGCGCGGAACUGGCCGGCGCCGCGCGCCGACGCGCCCGAGCUGCACCGGCACUCGUUCGCCGAGUCGCUGCGCGUGCGCGCCACGCCGGGCCGCGGCAGCCCGCAGGAGGGCGGCUCGCACGUGGGCCGGCGGCCGCUCGAGCCCGCCGCCGCCGACGCCUUCCUGCACGUGUCGCACAGCUCCUCGGACAUCCGCAAGGUGACGGGCGCCAAGCCCCUGAAGGCCAUCCCCUGCAGCAGCUCCGCGCCGCCGCUGCCCCCCAAGCCCAAGGUCGCCGCCCCGGCCGCGGUCAGGUCCCCCGAGGCCGAGGCGGCCGAGCCGGCCUGCGGGGUGGGCCGGAGACCCUCGCUCCAGCGGUCCAAGUCGGACCUGAGCGACAGGUACUUCCGGGUGGACGCCGACGUGGAGCGCUUCUUCAACUACUGCGGACUGGACCCCGAGGAGCUGGAAACCCUGGGCAUGGAGAACUUCGCCCGCGCCAACUCCGACAUCAUCUCCCUCAACUUCCGCAGCGCCAGCAUGAUCAGUUCAGACUGUGAACAGUCCCAGGACAGCAACAGUGACCUUAGAAACGAUGACAGUGCCAAUGACCGGGUGCCCUAUGGCAUCUCCGCGAUCGAGAGAAACGCUCGCAUCAUCAAGUGGUUGUAUAGCAUCAAACAAGCCAGAGAGUCGCAGAAGGUGUCCCACGUGUAAGAGGAAGCGCGCGCAGCGGAGGGAGGGGGGGGUCUCUGUCCGUGCCUCGGCAGUUAUGGAGAUUGUGAGGUCUCCUUGCAGUGUUGUGAGCUUCUCCACUCUCUUUGUGUUGCUUGUUGUGCAAUGUCUUUCAAGUUGCAUGCCCCCCAACGUGGGGACUGACCUGGCGUCCUCAGCCACCGUCGCUGCAGAGCCUGGCCAAUCGCUCGUCAUCCGCCAGAAGUUCCAGGCCAGAUUCACACUAGGGCUUCGAUCUUCAGCAAAACUGUUUACAAGGAAAACGGUAUACAACUUCUUCAAUAUUUAUGUGGUUCCUGUGUUUUUAUAUCCCGCGCUAUGGUGUCUUAAUUAAAAGUUUUAUCCACUGGCUUUUAA